CAGUCGCCAUUUUCUUGUGGUCGUUAAAAGGGCAGAGAACGGCGACGAGCGGCGGCCGAAAACACUUCAGAACCGGCCCUAUUUCUCACCGAGUCCGGGACGAAUGGUUAGCCGUAUGAGUUCAUGGACUGCCUGCUGAUCAGUGGUUAUGGUAUCGGUAAGGCUCGCGUAGAUUCAGCCGAGGCGCUCAGCUCAAAGAUGGACGCCAGCGCCGCGCGGGAGGACGCCUGCCGGGAGUAUCAGUCCUCCCUGGAAGACCUGACGUUCAACAGCAAGCCGCACAUCAACAUGCUGACCAUCCUGGCCGAGGAAAACAUCAACUUCGCCAAGGAUAUCGUGGCAAUUAUUGAAGCACAAAUAAGCAAGGCCCCACCCAGCGAGAAGCUUCCAGUUUUGUACUUAGUGGAUUCCAUAGUGAAGAAUGUUGGAGGAGAGUACCUUGCAGUGUUUGCUAAAAACCUAAUCACUUCAUUUAUAUGUGUCUUUGAAAAGGUGGAUGAAAACACUAGAAAGUCUCUGUUCAAGCUGCGCUCCACCUGGGACGACGUGUUCCCGCUCAAGAAGCUGUACGCGCUUGACGUGCGGGUCAACUCUCUGGACCCGGCCUGGCCCAUCAAGCCGUUGCCGCCCACCAUCAACGCCAGCAUCCACGUCAACCCCAAGUUCCUCAAACAGUCUGAGGAGUCUUCAACCUCUCCCAAGCAGACCCUGACCCAGCCGCCACUUCCACCUGCAGCAGCACCCACCCCCCAGCCGGUCCCCGCCAUCAGCCAGUCCAGCCUGACUCAGGAGCAGCUGAUCCGGCAGCAGCUGCUGGCCAAACAGAAGCAGCUCCUGGAACUCCAGCAGAAGAAGAUCGAGCUGGAGCUGGAGCAGACCAAAGCUCAGCUGGCCAGUGGAUUCACGUUACCAUCGGUGGCGGCAGUCUCCACUUCAUCAGCACCGAGCCCAGCUCCAAAGCCCGGCAGCCAACCCGCUCCCGUCGUCCGACCCUGGAUCCCCCCUCAGACUCAGCCCGAUACCAAGCCGUCCAUCAGAGACCCCCGUCUGAAUCGGGGUGGCCCCCCCACUGCACCCCCACCCAAAGAUCAGCCUGCUGCAACAAAAAAAGAGACCUUGCCCACCUCAGGAAGUCAUCCUGUCACUCCUGAGAAACGCCUGCCAGAGAAAUCCCCCCGACUGGAGAAAACCAGGACGCCGAGGAAGGACGUUCCAGAGGAGAAACCCAAGCCCAAGUCACCAUCUCCAAUGGCGAAGAGCAUCCAGAGUAAAACCAAACCCCCAGAGGCGGAGCUUCAGAGCAAAGACACCACAAAGAAAGAUCCACGGCUGAGGAAACGCACGCAGGAGAAGAUGGGGGAGGCAAAAGAUGAGGAGCUAAAAGAGAAGAAGAGAUGCAGUGACAAGAAGGAGCGGGAGGAUGCUGUACGGUUGGCGGAGCCUCAGAGAUUCAAAGGGAAACUGGUGAACGGCUCGGUCGCCAAACACGAGCGUGACGAGGCCGCCGAGAAGGCAGAGUUCAAGGCCAGCGGCAACGCCCGAACACACGCCAGGAAACGCACCCGCUCACGAUCCAGGUCGCGUUCCCCUGCUGGCUCCCCGAAGAGGAAGGACAGGCGUUCGCCAAAGAGGAGAGCCCGCAGCAGCUCCUCCUCACCAUCACCUUUGCACAAAGCUGGAAAACCGCGGAGGCUCGAACCACUGCACAGCAAGCCCGGCCGGGAGGACCGCCUCACUCCCAAGAACCAAUCAGAGAGCAGGAGGUCAAAGAGGCCGGGGGAGGAUCGGCACGCUGAGACCAGAGACUCUCAUUCGCCACGCAGCCAUGAUGGAAGCGGCAAGGAGGUGAAGGAGGCCCCUCACCACUGGAGGAGUGGAUGGGGGGAGAACAAACAUCUAAAACUGUCAGAUGACACACAUGCCAAGCCCGGACCUCAGAGACACAAACCAUACGGCACGCCGACUCGCCCCGGCACGCCUCGAACACUGAAGCACCGGCUCAGCGUUGAUGCCAACCUGCAGAUCCCUGAAGUCCUGAACUCCGCCUCCAAGAAGGACCUGCUCAGGAGGGCCAGCAAGCGUGUUGAGAGCGGCGAGAUCUCCCGUGAGGAGUUCCUUAACAUGGCGCACCAGAUCAAACAAUUAUACCAGUAUCAGGAGGAGAUCCAGCAGCGCAAAGACAGCUGGGACGAAUCCACAGACUUCCCUGUGAAGAAGCAGCCACCGCUCCUGAGCACGCCCCCCUCAGCUCAGCCACGCCCCCAUGAAGGCAUGGAUCCUGCGGAGCUGUCGUACUAUGAGCACAAGUCCAAAUUGAGGAAGACGCAGGUCAACCACCGACCUGCUGGAGAGGAGUGGGAGGGCGAGGAGAAUCCAGAGAACACAGAGGAACCCGGGCAGAGCGAGAAGACGGGUGGCGGUCAGAGUGCUGGACACCCACCGCUGCCACAUAAAUACAACCGAACCCCACGAGACAGGCCAGGUGAGAGGAGGAGCAAAGAGCACGAGGAGCCACGGGCGCCGCUCGCCCCCAUGGUCGAGGAGUACAACCACGGCAAAGAGUUCCCAGCACUGAAGCCAGGCCUUCGCUUCCCGAGGAGAGCCGACCACAGAGAAACAAAGAGGUCAGAGGUCAGGUUCUGGAGCGGCGGGGUGUCAGGGUGUCGAUCAGGGAUACUUCAGCAGGGUGAAAGAGAGUGGACCUCGCCACUGACCGAGCGCCAGCAUUACAACGAUCGAGAGGAACAGAAGAGCAGCUACAAUGUUCCACGGAGGUAUUGCCCACCCGCUGACCCCCGCAGGCCAGAGGUCCCCCCUCCCUCGGGCACUGUGGUCCACAGGAACUGCCCGAGCCCAGCUGGUCCAGACGCUACAGUACCACGCUUCGAACGUGAGCGGCUGUCACCUUUACAGAAAGACUCUGCAGACAUGAGUCCGAUUCCGCGCUUCGAGAGUCCAAACAGCGAGCACUCAGAUGAUGGGCCCCUGGAUGUUCCUCCUCCUCAUGCUCCUCCUAAAUCCAUCCUCAAGUCACCACACCCCCGCGGAGGGCUGCGGUCUUCUGUCCGACAGCAUGCCGGAUCCCCUGGACACACGCCACCUCACGACGGAGGACAUCCCCCUUCUCGGUACAAUGGCCCCGCUCAUAUGGCCUCUUCCAGGCCACAUCCCCCGGGGUGGUAUGAAGGCAGUGGCCCUGGGCGCUUUGAUGACUCACAGUUUGAGGGGUCUCACCAUCCUGGGCCCAGUAGGUUUGAGGGCAGCGGACCGCCCCAUCACAACAUGGCGGAGCGGGUCGACGGUGCCGGACACAUGGCUCAUGGUCCAAUGAGGGGGGGGGAACGCAUGGGGCGGUUUGAUGGACCCCCUCUGGGGCCCGGAAGGUUCGGCGGUCCAAUUGGACAGCAGCCCCCUGUGAGAUAUGAGGGUCAGGGACCGGGACCUGGGCCUGGGCCUGGACCGGGCCACUCAGAGGGCCCGAUGCAGCGCUUUGAAGCACCACGUCACUUUAACAACAUGGGUCCUGGUCCUGGUCCUGGUCCUGGUCCUGGUCCUGGUCCUGCAUCCGCACCCAUGGCCUUCCAGCAGCGGCCCUCGCGCUUCGAUGGUCCCUUGAGGUUUGAAGGCCCAGGGCACUUUGAGGGGCCAGGCCAGCCAGGCCCCCGAUACGAUGUGCCUCAUCAGGGUGGGCCCCAGCACUUUGAGAACUUCCCAGGCCAGCAGAGCCACCUGCGGUUUGAUCCCCAACACAACCUGCAGCCCUCCAUGAGGCCGAUGGGUCCGCCCAUCUACGAAAACCCCAUGGCCCCCCAGCAGAACUUCCCCAUGGCCCCCCAGCGCUUCCCGGAGCCCAUGAAUCCUCAGUUUCCCACGCCAUCAGUGGCGUUCCCAGGACAGCAGAACAUUCAGCAGGCGGGAAAUUUCAACGUGCAGCCACAGUUCAGUCAGCCGGGACCUGCCGCCGCCUUCUACAACCCGGCAGCCCCCUCCAUCGGCCUACAGCAGCCGGUGAUGGGAAACAUGAACCAGCCCUUCCUACCUCAGAACACAGUGCCUUUCCCACAGCAGACUCCGCAGGUCGGCCCUCCAGAGAACCACUUAGGUCAGGUUGACGUGAACGACCUGCUGUCCAAACUCAUCUCCACAGGCAUCAUCAAACCCUCACAGCCAGAACCUGCGCCCGCUUCCCGCAGCGAAUCUUCUUCUGCGCCUCCUGCAGCACCGCCGGUGGAGGAGGAGGAAGAGGAGGAGCAGGAGGUGGAAGAGGAAGACAUCCCAGACCUCACCAGCUUCAGCAUUGAGGACAUGAAACAGCGCUACGAGAGCGUGGUGACCAAGCUGUACUCAGGGAACCAGUGCUGCCUGUGCAGCAUGCGCUUCACCACCGCUCAGACCGACAUGUACGCAGACCACCUGGACUGGCACUUCAGGCAGAACCACGCCGGCAAGGUGGCGAGCAAGAAGGUCACGCACCGCCGCUGGUACUACAGCCUCACGGACUGGAUCGAGUUCGAGGAGAUCGCUGACCUGGAGGAGCGCGCCAAGAGCCAGUUCUUCGAGAAGGAGAACGAGGAGGAGGUGCAGAAGAACCAGGCGGCCGCCAAGGAGAAGGAGUUCCAGAGCGUGAGAGCCACCAAGGACCAGGUGGGAGAGUGCUGUGAAAACUGUCAGGAGCCCUUUGAGACAUACUGGGUGGAGGAGGAGGAGGACUGGUUCCUGAAGAACGCCAUCAAGGUUGACGACAAGAACUUCCAUCCCUCCUGCUUCGAAGAUUAUAAAAAAAAUACGUCGUCGUUUCUUGACGUCACGCCGUCGCCCAGCAAGCUGCUGACUGACCACCCGUUGGGCGCCUUUGUGAAGACAGAAGAAAAGGAGGAGGAGAGCACUUCCUGUGCUGCUGCCGCCGCCGCCUCAGUGAAGCAGGAAGUGCAGAGUGAGAGCGGUGAACCUCCUGAGGUGAAGGAGGAGGCAGGUGAGGAGGCGGCGGCGCUGUGAGGCGGCGGCAGCGGUGCGUUUUUUAGCUGCAGGGACUCGUCCUUUGCAUCUCUACUUGAAUACAUUUUUGUAUUUGGACUCGUGCGGCCGUGCGGCUGUCUGAACCUGUACAUGACUUAAUUUAUACAUUAAAGUAUUUUUUGUAACUCCGGUGUUACAGUGAUUGAAUCAGCUGCUGCUGUUACCCUCUGUACAUAGAUUAUUGAUGAUUGAUUGAUUGGUUUAUUGACGGGCCCUCACAGGUGUUGAAGGUAAGCAUCAUCUGAGCGGCCGGCUGAAGAAUUGAGGACUCGUCUCAGCGGGGGAGCCCGCCCUCUUUGUGUUUUGUUUUUUCUUUCUCCUUGAAUGAAUAAAAGGAUCUGAAAGGUGUUUGUGUGAAUACUGAUUGAUCUCAUUGAUCACUGAUUGCCUCAGUUUUACUGUCAUUUAGGUUCCAACAGAAAUAAAGGUUCAGUCUGUUCAAA